ACGCACGAUGAGUAGGUUUGGGAAAGAUCUUUCGAGAGGCGUGGAGCCAUCUCAAAAUCUUGCUCGAACAGAAGAAAUUCUGCCACGGCAAAAAAGUUGAGGAAGAAACUAUUGUUAUUCAGAUAUAACUACUAGGAAAUACUGCAAGAAGAGAAGAGAAGAAAACUUUGUCGAGUCGUACUGUACCUGGGCUCUCUGUUGGUGGAAGUGAAGCAGGAGAAUUCGUGGUCCAAGCCAACGGUGAACAGACACUACCAUGAAGAACGUUUUCUACUAUAACAUCACGGUCAAGUUCAUCAGUGCAGGAGGGAGUUCCAGGGAUGUUCCUCAGACACAAACUUUUGAAAAAGUUGCCAGUGACUCUCAGGUUGGGUUUGGGCAGGGCAACAAUAAGACGACCGUCCCGAGGAGGGAAAAGUUUCAAGUCAGAAAAACAAACUUUUGGAGGAACAGCGACAAACAAUUGGCCGGUGUUCUCAAUCGGGAUCAGCUAGGCGGAAAAGUCUGCGUUUGUAGCUUUCGCCCGGAGGUAGACAGAUUUGUGGAAGUGGUUGGGAAAUUGAAUGUUGCUGCAAUCAUUGUCUCAAAGCAUCCUAACGUGGACUGUGCCAAGCCAGUCUUUUGCCUGCCGGAAGCGGUUGUCAAUAAACUUUCUCGAUGGUGUAAUGUUGAUAUUUACAUUGAGGAAAUCCAGGGAAUGAAACCUGCAAUGCCAAAUGAUCCUUUGCUGUGUGAAACAAAUGUAGAUGCCGAAAUGAAAGAAAAAAGAACCAGAGACAACACAGCAACACGAUCUUAUGUGGACGCUCUCAAGGCGAAUUGGAGUGAGCAGCAGCCUAGUCCCACUGCCACGUCCGUCUCGGGGGCAUCUGUAACGGAUGGACAAUUCGAAGAUGCUCCCGAUGACAAGGUCUCGGCAAAAAAGGUGGAAUCAAAUCAGCGCACGAGUGAAACCAAGCAAAGCAAGAGAAGCAGCUGGGGGGGUCUGGGUCGACUUGGUGGCUAUUUGGUGAGUUCUGUUUCAUCGUUGGUCAAGGGUGAGCCAGAACUGAUGAAGCUAUUCAAGGCCAAGAAUUGGUCACAAGACGACAACCAUGAAGGAUACCAAAGUGCGAUAAAAUUUGUCCAAGAAAAUGGCAAGGAGAAAUGCGACGAUGAGACGGUCACACAGGUCGUGGACUGGCUCAAAAACAAUUCUGCUGGACCCAUGCGACUCGCGGUAUGCAUGGAGAUUUGGCACUUGGUUGGAGAAAGGGACGUAGGGACACAGCUUUUCAAUGAAAUUGUGGUGUCGUUGGCCAAAAUGAAUAUCAGUGAGAAACGAGCAGUUGGUCUCAUGUGCAAACACAGCAAAUUCUUGCGCCGACAAAAGCCACACAGAAUCGUCGGGCAAUUCUUUUCUGCCAUGGUGCUCGAAUUGGUUGCCCGCGGUGGAAAGCAGGCGGUCGCAGACUUACUUGAGACUGAAGCUUCAAUGGGAUCGUUCUGGGUGGCCACUCUCUUCUACUGGAAUGACUCGGGGAUGUUGGUCCAGAAAGAGGUCGACUGGGAGUUCUGGGAGCACAUUCGAGUGCUCCUUUUGAACACUUUUGUCGGGGAGCACAAAAACGAGUUGAUGUCGUUGAUUGACGUUCAGCGUGCAAACACGAUUGCUCUCUUGUUGCAACCAAGUCAUUCGCAGAUACACGACACCUUCUUUGACCUACCGCACUCCGUAUCUCUGGAGUCUCAUGUCACCGAGUGGAUAAUAAAACUCGCCGGUGGCCUCGUCAAGAAGCACCUUGCGGGUAUAGAUUGCUCCGAGGAAUGGCAGAAAGUAUUUGUUGUUCUGUCGGAGGCGUGUCCCACCCAAUUGACGGACGGGAAAUGUCGACAAGUGCUUGAUCGGCUCGCACGACUUGCUAGCUAUGACGAUUGUCAGCGUUUCAAAAUUUACAGUGUGAUCGCUGCUGGAAGCCAAGAGACGACUCUGUACAGUAAAACUCUGUUUGCCUUGUGUGAGUGUCUUCGGCAAGAUCUCAUGGUGUGCAACCCCCAGAUAGUGUCAGAUCUCUCUUCCCUAUUGCAAUCGCCAUUUGGCUCACAACUCAUGCAAGGAAAGCGUGUUCUACUACGCGUCGUAAAUUUCGCGGAGAGAUCCAUGCAGCAUCCUGAAAUCGAAUUCGGUGGCAAAUUACGCUUGCUCACGAUACUCCAUGCAGAAAUGGCUGGCGGCAAUCACGGGACUGACUGGAGCCGCCGAAAGUACGACGUAGUCGUGGGCUUAUUGAUCGAGGCGUUGCCAUUGCAUUCAUGCAGAGAAAAGCUUGAAGAUCUGCUGCUGCUGUCUCUUAGCACGAUGCCCAUAUUUGAAGGAUGUGCGGACGAAGUCGUAGCGCGUACUGUUGACACCUUUUCAAGUGAAGACGUGCUUGGCAACAUUCGAGUGGUCACGACCGCUUUGCUUCGCCUUGCCCAGAAUCCAUCGGGAUCAUUCGGAUUCUGUUUAUGCAGCCAUCUACGCCUAGCUCUUGUGGGUUUUUGCUCGAGCUUUGACCGAGCUGCUGUGGUCCUUCUCGACCUUGCGUUCGAUGAAAAUCCUACUAGGGACACACAAGCUCUUGUCAGACAAGUCAUCUCCAAAACUUUCAAUCAGUGGAAGCCAACUUCUCUUAUCCAACUGUCCCGUCUAAAGGGGAUGUCCAUCGAUUUGUGUGCUCGAUGCUUCCAAGUCAACACGACGCUUCAUCCUAUGUUCAACUUCAAGGAGCAUCUACUGCGACUGGUCAUGGAGUGGAUAUCACGAUUUGAAGCAGAAGCUGUCUUGCUUCGAGAUCUAGAGGAAGGAAAGUUAUGUGCGGCCUCUCCCUUUUGGGUUGUGCUUGAGACGCACUGGAAUAAUUCAAAGAUGCUGCCAUCGCUGGACGACAUAGUUUCCAAAAUUAAAGACUUGGAGGAACUCGUGGGUUCAAUUCUUGAGUCUUUGGCUGCGUCUCCCGACUGGAAUUGCUCGUUGGUUGACCUCUUGAAAGCCUAUGAUUGGGUCGAAAGUGAAGGAUCUGAAUUCGAACGCGUUAUUGCAACCUAUUGCCCCAUAUCCCACGAAAACUAUCAGACCUCUUUCGCACCGGAAGGGUUGGAUGAUGCGACGAUGUUUCUGCACGUUCGCGAAACUGUGGCAUUGCAGCAACUGCGUGAGGAUGCUCUUGUGGCAGAGUCGCUACGGUCAUCCUACUGGCAUUCUCUUUCCAUAUGCGAUUUUUUUCUACAGCACAAGUCAAAGAUCUUCGAAGGAGAGAUCGGCCAGUUGUUGGAUGGGCAGGUCGACCUUGAGGAUCUUUCUUAUGCCGUCGAUUCAACCCUUGAAUCUAUACAGGAUCUUUUCUCCCCGGGUUGUGACUUCGAGGUUUUCAAGAAGAGCCUUGAUGGCAUUUCCAUGGCGGAAGGGGUUUUGGAACAUGAAUGCUCCGUCCUGUUGAAGCGUCCGGAGUGUGGGUUGACCGACGAAGACGUCAAUCGAUUCCUAAUUGUGGCGUCCUUCAUGCAGAUUGAAGGGCCACUCAGUGAGUUUCUGAACUUCUGUGAGCAAAUGAAAUUCAAAGUAAUUCAAGACGAAUUGUUUUCUGUGCUGAAGACGCUGGUGGCUUCGCUUGUGUCUUCCUCUUCCUCGGAUCCAAAAGUUGAAGUCGUUCAUGGCCUAUGCUUGCAGCUUGAUUCAACGCUGCACCCUGACUGUGGAGACUGCUCACAGGAUCCUUCAACGGUACUUACCCAUCUGCGCCGACUGAGAGGGUUGUUCACUUUCCUUGGCAGCUUUUCCCAUCACGGCGAGGUCUGGGUAUUCUCAAGAGACAACAAGUGGUUGGGCAAAGAGGGACUAGACCAAUUCUAUCUCGAAUUCGAAAACGUCACAAACAUAACCCUCGGUAAUCAUAAGGACUCUUUCUACAUGACGGUCCUGGAUGCUUUGGAGCCAACUGUCCGAGUCAUUUCAGCAUUGGGAGGACUUCAAAGUGAGGAAAGCGUUCCAAGCAUGCUUGAAAAGAUAUCAUCAAACUCGGACAUGUCUCGAUGGAUGGAAAAUGGUGGCCACGACAAUUUGAAGCAAGUCCAAGGCUCUUUGUCUUUGUUGCGGGGCUGGUUCUGUGAUGGCGUCGAUGAAAAUGCCAAGAUUGGGGCCGAACUUAAAUCUAUUCAACGCAGUGGAGUGUUCUCAAUUUGUUUGUCCCCCAAAUUGUCACUGCAGCUUCAGUAUACGCUGGCUACAAAUGGAACGAUGGAAGAUCGCUGUGCCGCUGAUGAAGAACUUGAUGAUUUGGUUGAACGCAUGGGGAUGAUCCAGCAUGACGAUCCAGCAGAUGCUCGCGCGGUUGAGGGAUUCUUGAACCAGCAUCGUGUGAUGAUGGCUGCGCGAUCCAACUUUGCGGAAAGCUACGCAGUUGGAUAUCCUCUCCCAGGUUCAGAAGCGAUGUCAUGUUCCGCGGGCCACGAGUACCUCGAUGAAGCAAUGGCAAUCUUGAAACGAAGCCAAACAUCGCUGAAGGAAAAGGACUCCUGGCUUGACUCAACACGGAGUCGGUACCCCACGUCAAUGCUGUUUUGGACGAAAGAACUGAAGCAAAUAUACGACAUACUAGGUGGAGCACAGGACGAAACAGUCUUGCGACGCCUGAUGGCCAUCCUUUCAAGGCUGGAUUCAAGUCUUACCCGCGAUCAGGUUUCAAGCAUUGCCCUGCAGCACAUGGGCCAUCUGAAGGGGGAUGAGGGCUGGUUGGUGAUCACUUCGAAGUUUGUUGAGGAUGUCCACCAGGCUGUGGGGGCUCCUUUCGAACAAAAGGAAAGGAAUGAAGUUGGCGUUCUCAAGUUGCAUACGCUGUCUUGUGAUGCUGGCUGUGAGAGCGACGCAACACUGGGAUUGUUGCAAAACAUUUAUAAGAACCGGCUGCCCGCCGAAUUUGAGAUUCUAUUUGUGUCUCCAGAGACUGAAAAAGAGGAAGUUGAUCUGUUCUUGCGUCGAUCGAAAGUAUUCACCACAAACAUAUUCACCAUAGUCAACGUUGACAAGAUGGCGGGAAAUUCCCUUGAAAAAGUGCUCGACUUUACGUCAGACCGAGAGAAUAAAUCGCUGGGGCUGCGUCUGCACUUAAUACAGGCAAAAACUUCGAUGUUGCAUACUUCAAGCUUCCUAGAGGGCAGCGAGUGGCGUCAUUGUGCCACUGAAGACCAAUCAAGUUGUUGGAGAAACAUCAUCAAUGGCGAAAGAUGCCAAAGCGUGAGCAUCGUUCUCAGUGAGGCGAGUGGUGCUGGGAAGACUCGGUUGAUUCGUAGAGAGAUAAAACGGCGCCAUCGUGAUAAGGCAGUCGGUGCAAUUACAGUCCAUGAAGGGAGUAUGAUGGACUCCUUAACCGAUGAUAUCAUUGAUGCUUUCAAACUGAACGGAAGUAAGAAAGCCAUCCACUUUUCAUUCAUGUGUUUGCUCGAACCAAGCAGUGAGGUCAAUUGCGCCUGGCUAGACACAAUCAAUCGAUUCUUCUUUUCUUUUCUGGUUCUUGGCCUGAUUCGAAACAGUGAUUCUUCCAAAUCAUUCCAUGUUGGAAACAGUGGGUGGACGAUAUACGUGGAGCUUCCAUCGAUGCUACGAGGCGGCAACGGAGAAACUGCUGUUGGUGCGACACAGGAAUGGCUACGAAAGCAUGUUCCAGUUCUAUCCAUUUGUGGUGAGGUUCGCCAGCCAGAACAGCGAUUCUCUGUCGACGAUGCAACGCGAAGAGUUUGCACGUAUCUUCGGGCCUACGAAGACGGAACAAUUGACCGGAAGUUCAAACCCGGCUCUGGCAGGAAGAAGCUUGUCUUUGUCCUGGAUAAUUCAGGCAGCAUGGCAGAGAUCGUUGGCAAUGACAAGACUGCCUUGAGCGCUGCUGUGGAUUGUGCAUUGGAAAUUUUUGAUUCACACCUGAACCAAAACGAUAUGGCUGGGGUUGUUCUUUUUAAUCAAAAUACAUCCAUCCAAGUACCCAUCCAAGUUGUGACGGACGAGCACCACAAGGCAGAGCUGCGCAAUUCAUUGGACUGUGUUCGCUUCAGCGCGGGUGGAGGUACACGGAUGUAUCCAGCCUUGCAAUACGCUGUUGAAGACUGCCAGAGAACCCAUGACGAAGAUAUGGAAACAUGGAUAAUAUGCUUGACUGAUGGGUGUACAGGCGGUACAGACGAAACAUUCCGUCCGUGCCUAGAAAACUCUUGUGACAAUGUUCAUGUCAUCUUGAUCGGAGUGAAUCUGCCCCUUCAAUAUGGACAACGGAUGCAACUCCUCUGCAACAAGUAUCAAGAUCCUCCUGUGGAAUCCAACAAGGGCCAGUACAUUGCCUCACAAGCCAACAUUGAAUCACUCGUGGAGGCUUUCCAAACUGUUGCCAGGGCGAUCCCAGUGUCCCAGACAUUUGAGUUGGAUGGACAAGUCAGCGAUGGCGAAUGUGGACGGCUCAUUCAUAAGUAUGCACCGGAUUCCGUUCCAAGGCACAACAUGCAGAAGAUGAGCUUUUGGGUGAGCUUUCUGUACAGGCGAGUCAGUGUGCUGGAUUCAAACGAGAACUACAAUUACAAUGAAACCGUUGAACACUUGGGCAGCAGCUUGAUGACAAUCAUGCUCUUUGAAGUGCAGAGAAUACUUGACAAAGAUCUUUCUUUGGAUUGGGUCAACACGAACCAUACUCAGCUUAUCUAUGAUUUCGAAAACCCUGAAGCACCAGAGUUCCGUCUGCUCUGCACUUCACCACGUACUUUGGAUCCUGUCCUUCGACAGCGGUAUGAGAGCCUCAAUCUGCCAGGCUUUUUCGUACCUUCGGAGAUGCAGCUGCAGAGCCCUCGCUUUCUCUGUGAGCUUCUCUCGAAAGCCCUUGAUAUCCCAGUCAGUGGUAGCGACUGCUUGAAUUGUGUGAAUAACGAAGGGUUUAUCAUUACAGUCGACUUUGCAUUGAAGAUGCUGUGUCUGGCUGAGAGGGUGUCUUGCCGCUGCCCAGCUAUCUUGGAAGGUGAAACUGGAGUUUCGAAAACGGCACUCACAAAAAUGUAUUCAAAACUACUCAACCUGUCACAUAUUUUGAAAGCUGCAAGGCUCACUGCCCUGGAUCUGGAUGACAUAGAGCAAGAGAUCCAAUCCAUGGGAUACAAUGUGGAUGAUGGCCACAUUGCUUUGGACAGACUGGAGAGAUCGCUUGAAUCUGCAGCAGAGCGUUCACGAGAGGGUACAACUGAAUUGUCAGAGCUUCUGUACACUCUGCUAACCAAGAAGAUUGAGCUAAGACCAGCCCUCUUUCAAGACAAACCUGACAAAUUCGACUCCAACCAGACUCAAGCAGUACUUGAAAUGCUGAAGUGGUUUGGCUCCUCACUUGUCGAGCCCACCUUCUUCAGCAUUAAUGUGGAUGCCACAUUGAGUGGUGAUGACAUCUCCAAAUUGUUCAUCCCUGUCCGUCAAGCUGCAAGAAAGCUCAUGGGAGAGAAUUGUGCAAUCAUCGUUUUUCUUGAUGAGGUGAACACAUCCUCUGUCAUUGGGCUCUUCAAAGAAAUCGUGGUGGAUCGCAGCCUUCAUGGCGAAGUACUUGAGGGAAAUAUCAUUCCUGUUGCAGCCUGCAACCCUGUACGCACGGCAGCCAAAGUUGCUACUAAAAGAGAACAUGACAUGGCAACUUGUUGGGCCAGCGGGCACUAUCAGGUUGUUGCGUUGCCGCCUUCAAUGGAAGAUCUGAAAUGGUCAUUUGGGAGCCUCAAUGCAGCUCAAGAGCGUGAAUUCAUUUCUCGCAGACUGGAAAUGACCGGAACAGACAAGAUAUCUCCUGGGCUGAGAAUGUCUCUCACAGACCUGAUAUCCUCUUGCCAAGACACUAUUCGGCGUUUGGCUGCAAGGCACCUUUGUGAAACAGUGUUUCAUGAAUCGCAGCCAGACGAUGACGAUCUUCAACAAAGGGCCGCCUCUGUGGUCUCGCUCAGGGAUAUCCAACGUGUCUUUACUUUGUAUGGGUGGUUCCUGGACAAUUUACACUUGCUUGAUAAAGAGGCUCUGUCUCUGAAAUCAAGUCAGCGAACGUCCAUGGUUCUAUCUGUUGCAAUUGUGUACUACAUGCGCUUGGACGCUGGAUGUCGACGUGGACUUUUGGCUGUGAUUGAGAAUCUACCAGGAGAAAAGGGAGAGAAGCAUAGCUUCAGGGGAGUUUUGGAGUCAUCAAUGGAAACAGUGAUCAGAAACAGCUUGGUGCCACCAGGGAUUGCUGUCACCAUGGGCUUAAAAGAGAAUCUUUUUGUCACUCUUGUAUGCACUCUUUCAUGUGUUCCUCUUCUCAUGGUUGGCCGGCCUGGCUCGUCGAAAACGCUCAGUGUCAAUAUGCUGGCUGAUAAUGCCACUGGAGAAGACAGCUCCAGCCCAUUCUACAGGGCUCUUUCCCGUUUGUCCCUCUUUCAUUACCAAUGCAGCAAGGAGACAUCGAGCCGGGAAAUUGCAGCUAUCUUCCGGAAAGCAAGUCAAAGGCAAGAGAAACUUGAUCCAAGUAAGCAACGCUGUGUUGUCUUUAUGGAUGAGGCGGGGCUGCCAGAGGAAGACCGUGAGUCACUGAAGGUUUUGCAUUACCUACUUGAGUCAUGUGCUCAGAAGGCUGCAGUUGGGUUUGUGGCAAUCGCCAACCACAUCCUCGAUGCCGCCAAGAGCAACCGGUGUGCAGUGCUGUUGCGCCCAGAACCUGAUGAAGAAGAAAUGGCAACAAUUGCCAGUGGUUUGCUUUACUGCAAAACCACUGAUGGCACGAUUGUUACAAGGGAAGUUUGCGUUGGGGACACUUUGCUUCCAGCUGACAAGUUCGCCCGCCAAGUUUGCACCUCCUACGACACAGUUAUCAAGGGUGGUUUGACCAACAAAGAUGCCCACACUUUCUAUGGCUUGCGAGAUUUCAUAUAUUUCCUUCGCUCGGUGAAGGCCAACGCUAGAGAAACCUCGAUGACUAAGCUACACAUUUCAAUUCGCAGCCUGGUCCAAGCAAUUGAGCGGAAUUUCAACGGGCUAGAGAAGCGAGCAUUAUACGAGACCAUCGUGGUUUUCCUCAAGCCAUUUUGCAAUUCAUCGGAAAUGAGGCGAAUCUUUUCUCAGAUUGCAAGAGAUCCCUUGGAAAUCAUUCGGGCGUCUCUAGAGCAAAACUGUGCUUGUGUGGACCAAGAGAACAGGGCUCGAUUUGCAAUGUUCAUUGAUUCUUCGGAGGAUGAUUCUAUCAUGAGGCUCCUGCACCUGAUGGGGCUUCUCGAGGACUCAAAAAGGUCCCUCUUCAAGCUCUCUCACAUGCCUGAUGAGAGUGCAUUGGAAAGAAUGCGUCUUAUAUCAGGGGUUAAGUUUGCUGCUGGUCAAGGCAAAGCAGCCCUCCUCAGCCAAACAGAGCCUGUCAACGAGGCAUUCUAUGACAUUACCAACCAGCAAUUCCGGAUGGUGAAAGAUAGGGAUGGACAGCAGCUUCUUUUUACCAAUAUUGCAGUCGGAGGGGUGUCUCGGCGAAGCCAGGUUAAUCCAUCUUUUGAAUGCAUUGUCCACGCACGGAGCUCUCAAAUCAAGGAACUGCCAGCCCCUUAUCUUAACAGAUUCGAAAAGUUUCAACUGGACAUUAAGGAUGUGAUUGUGGCCGGAUUGACAAAGCUUGGACCGGGCAUGGCAUCUGUGAUACAGCAGGCUCGAUCCCAGACCCUUCUUCUCCUCAAGCCAUUGAUUGAACACUAUGGCCUGUUUGGAUGGGCUGAAAAUGAGCGGACAUUGGAUGGUGUUUUCAUCGACAUGCUGCCAGCUUGGGCGCUUCAAGGGGACAAGCCAUCGUUCGUUGCAGAGGAGGAGGAUUCUUUUGCCGAUGUUAUGGCUAAGUUCCUCAAAGUGGCAUCUUCUUUGAGCGUUGCAGCCAGUGACAUCAUGGUACUUGUGCGCAUAUCCAAAAAGCAUCUGCCAGAAGACCAAGCAGAGCUCUUGGGUCUCCUGGAAGAUGGAGAGGUUGCAGUUGCGGAAUUGCAGCUGGCUCUUCGGAGCUUGUUGGCACAACCCAGCGACGGCGUUCUUGACAACUUUUGCAAAUCAGUUGUACAGAUGAUCAUGACGCGGUAUGCAGUUAACACCCUUUUACAGCUUGCAACUCCGGAAUCCGUGUUCGCACAGCGGCAUGCCUUGCCGGCUGAUGUGUUUGAGUGGUAUCUUGAAUCAUCAGGACAUUGUUCUCUGCAAGAGCUAAUCCAAACUGAGCUGGAGAAUCUCAUGAGGCCAAAAAUGAUCGUCGCUUAUUCGAGGACAGAUGCGUGUAACCUUUCCAUUGCAACUCUCUCGAAAGGACAGAAUGACGUUGUAGUGGAGCGGCUGGAAUUGCUAAGGAGCGAAGCCAAGGUCCGGGGCUCAGUUUUGGCUUGGAUUCAGCACGAUGAAAAGCGAGUUUACGUACUCGUUGUUGACAUGAAGGGGCAAAAAUCCGUGGAGCAGUGCAACUACAUCAGGAUGCUUGUGGAGAGUCACUUAUCAAACACAACAAACAAGAUUUUUGUGCUGCUUCUCCACUAUCCUCCUUCUACAUUUCUCAAGUCAAGCUGGUACCCAGCAUUAAGCCUUGGUGGUUGGAGCCACUUUUUCCUCGAUGGCAUGGAUCAGGUCCGGGGGCUUGGCACAAAUCAGUUCAUGAGACUGUCAUGUGAAAUUGAGGAUGCGCAAGAGAGCGAUUUGGUGAAAAACCUACUUGGCUUCCUGGAACAAAUGCUGCCCACCGCCCUAUCGACUAUCGCGUGCAGACAACCAUUUCCCCGAACAGGUGGUGGCGUUGACCCUUUCAACGAUCAGUUAGAGCAGCUUGCACAGCUGUUCUCGCAGAAGGUCGGAGACCAUACAGUCCAAGAAGUUCUCUGCAAGAAGUUUGCACGUGAAUGGAUGGAAGAGGCCCUCCCAUAUGCGACCAAGCUAGCCUCAAGGGCUCUUCUCGAGGGAACAACGCAGCUCUCGAUGAAUGCUUCGAUUCAUCGAUCCCUGGAAAAAGCAUUUGAAUCGUUUUUGCUUCUGCAUUUGGGGGAAAUUCUUGCAGGCAGGAACUACGAAGUUAUCACAAAUGGGGCGUCGGAAGAGGUUAGGCAACUGUUCGGAAAGGUGUUGGAAUCAUUGCCAGCGGUCCCCUUCGAAGAGAUCCUGCUGCAGCAAGAUUCUCCCAGUGUGAACCGCCAGCGCCGUGCGGAUGAAACCGAAACAAUCCCUAGAUUUCCUUUUUUCAAUUUCAUUUCUUCGGCACUCAAAGAAUGCAUUGAGAUCGCCGAAAAGGAGAUACUGAUGAAGCAGAAAGGCGGUCGUGAUAAGCACAGAAGAGCCUGCAAAGGAAAAGCCCUUCUUGAAACAUGCACGGAAAUCAUGGACAAUCUGAAGGACGGUGAUGACACUGGCUCACAUCGUGCAAGCUUGAUUCUUGACGUAGUUGGAUCAGUGGUUUCUUCUGAGGACGAUGACCUUUUCAAGCGUUAUCUACAGGAAUUUGUCCAGAACAGAACAGGUUGCACGGCAAAUUCAGUCGCUGUCGACUGGCUUGAUUCACAGACAAGGGACCUGGGGGGCGGUCAAAGGAGUAUUCUGGCCAUGCAUUGCUUCCAACGAGAGCGCCCACUGGAAAUCAUGAGAAUUGUCCCCUGGUCAAAGUCAAUGCAGUUUGCUGAGCCAGAGAACGCUUUGAGCGGUUGGCAGGAAUCGUCCUUUGCAACAACCUGUUUCCUCCGCAUGUUGGAACACUUCGAAACGACGCUUGUGACAUGCGCGGAUUCGAAUUGGAGAGGGCUGCUAUCUUCGUUUGUUGCCCAACUCAACAUGGGGCUUGUCGAUGACCGGGUUCUUGAACGCCAAGACGUCCGAAACCGCAUCCGUGUGCUGGUUGGGGUUCUUGGGCUGCUCAGGGUUGGGGUCCCAAAUAUCCCGUCUGUGGUUUCGACGUGGUAUGAUGAAGAUCUCAGCCUAAUCACGGUCAGUGCCGAGACCGACCUGAGCAUCGGUUCGAUUAUGAGUAUGCUGUCUGUUGCCGGUGCCCCAAAAGACACACUGCAGUCCUUCCUCUGGCAGUUCUUCAACUAUGCAAAAAUUAUGCCGUACCACUUCGAGUCGGACUUGGGCGGCUUAUUGGCCUUGCUAAACGGAGAACUCUGUGAUCAACAGUUUGCCAUGGCGUUGCUGCAUAAGGCCUGCUCGGCUGGAGCAACGGAUAACGAUCUUCUGUUGGGUUGGUCGAAGCAAACUCUGAAGAUAGUCAACAAUGCUGUCCCCUGCCAGAGACUGAGAGAGUUUUCUUCCAGCGGUGUUCGCACAUGCGUGCCCCACUUCGUGCCUGAAUGGCUGCAGUCGGCUUCGACAAUCGAUGGGGAAGAAAGCGUCCAGACGCUGUCGGUUUACCCGGAGUUUUUUGCUGACUACGAGCAUUCCUUUGAUGAUGGGGCAUUCCCAAAUGCCAUGUACCAGCUGCUCCUUUGCAUGAUGCUCGGUCAAUCUGGUCCAAUGUCGUCAUUGGACCUGUUGAUACUGUUGCUGAAGGACAUUGAAGCCGAAGCCGGAGUUGAUAGCACACUAGAUACGACGGGUGAUCAGUACGAUUCACUGGCUGGUUCUCCUUUGGGAGCGAUGAUUGCAGACUGUCGAAUUCUGUGUUUUCUGACGAAAGUCGCGCAGGAACUUGCCCAGCAUGGAGAAGCCAGCGCCUUGUCUGGGCCAGAUGAAAUUGGAAUGACAGUUCUUGGGCAAAUUAUGAGCCUAGAAUCCAUCAAGUUUAAGGAUUUCUUCUUCUCUGUAAUGAGCCAUCAUGGCGGAGAAAGCAGUGUGGCUGCGUCUCUCCGACAGGGCGGACAGCUUCACGGGCAGCCCUGGUGUCGAUCGUUGCAAAAUGGCGUUCCUUCAGAGCGUGGAAGGGUUGAAACGGAGUUGGCGACUGCGCAGCGAAACCUGAACGAGAUGGAACAAGAAGAACAGCGAAAAGCCAAUGAGAUUAGACUCUGUCCCCAUUGUGGCGCCCAGUUCAUGGUUGACGCGGUGGAGUGCGGUACCAUGAGAUGCGGGCAGGACGCCCACAGAGACAACGGAAGACCUCUCGUUGGGGGGAAUAUUGUAAAUGGCGGUUACGGUUGUGGCCGCCAGUUUCCACUGGACCAAGCAGGGCGGUAUCAAUUUGAUGACGAGGCAAUCCGGCAAUUGAGACAAGAAGUUUCAAUCAAGGCAGCACAAUUUCGGGGAUUCACUGGGGCGAAUGAAAAAUGGAACGCCAUGAUUUCCUUCGAAGUGCCCAAGCUGCGAUUCGUGCUGCGGAGAGAAAAGGAAGACAGCCAUUUACUGACUGCUGCAGUGUUCGAUGAGACUGAUGUCUCCGACUACCAAUCUUGUCUCUUACAGAUUCUAAUGGACGGGUCUGGCUUCUCCGCAGAGAUCUCUAUCCUACCAGAUCUGAUUGAGUUUUAUCUGUGGUUACACUCCCAUUUCGCGCACUUGAUAACAAAAGAAGAAGCCUUGUCAAAUACCAUCGGAAGCAUCUUGGACAAGGCACGCGUUCAUAAGCGUUUCGACAGAAUCCACGCGUCCCACAUCUUGGCUCUCUUUGAACGACUAUCUUGCAAGUUCGACGUUUUGCUGAAGGAUCCGAAGUUUCGGGUGACCUGGCAAUGUGAGGAGGUCCAGCUCGGAUUCAAGACACUGAAGGAAGCUCCUCUCUUGGCACUACUUAGUGAAGGAGCCGACCCAAGCGAGGGAAAUGACGUCCUUUUUCUAUGGAUCGACACUAUAGUUGCAAAGUACAACCGCUUUGUGCAACGUUUGGCGGAACUCGCUUCCAAUGAUGCCGUGGCUCCAACGAGAUCUAUCCACCCUAGCAUGGUUCUGCCUGACAGUGCAUCAAUCAUCACGCUUCCCUUACUCCAACCAGAAGAGCUUGGUUCGCUUGCCAUGGCUUCCUGGCAAGGCGAUACGAAGACCUUCGAUUCAGAACGGCUCGAUAGCCUCUUGCGGAAAGGAAUCGUCCACUCCGACCUUCCACCUCUCAUCUCAAACCCACUGGACUUUCUCCGCGAGCACUUUUCUUUCCGAGUUGAUCAAUCCGUGGAAAAGAAAUCCACGGCAAAGCACGAACUUGUUUUCUCAUCUUCGUCAGGGCUACUAUUUUGCAGGCAAGAAGAUCUUCGACUAUUGGAGAGAGCGCAGGGCACCUUACGUCGACUCGGUGUCGUGGGAGCGGAUGAAAGCAUCCUUGGCCCUAUUCGUGUCCAUUACUCUUGCUUGGACAGUCAAACGAUUGCUACUCUGCUUUCGGGGAUUCAGAAUUUCUUUGAUCUUCUUUUGUCUGACGGUGUUACUCGGAUUUCUUGCAUGCGUGAAGCGAUUGAGAUGGUAAACUUCACCAUGGAGUUUGACGAGUUUCUAGGAAGCCUUGGCUUUCCUCUCCUGAACCAAUCUCAAUGGAAGCUGCUGAUCGACCUCGAUGGCAAGCAAAUCUUCUCACUUGUUCAGUUUCUCGGAUAUCAACUGGCUACCGAGGGCUUUAUCUAUCGGGAGUGCGAUCGCUGCGCCGCCGACCCGCUAAAUGAAGACACCAAAAACACCCUGGUGGCAAGCGUUCAGGAGCUCUGUUUGCAGCAGGGAACAAAGUCGACGCUGGCUGAUGUGGAAAGCUUCACAAACGAUGUCCUGCUGCAGCCGUACUACAAAGAUCUGAUUGUUGAAAAAGCCCGGAAAUCCCCCCAACCGCUGCGAUCAGUCUUGGUUGAAGCAGACAAAUACCUUGCCGAUGAACCGGUUUUGGGUUGUAUCCCUGUCGAUGUCACCGUUCGCAACUAUGUCUCCUUAAUGCAGGUGCUGCAUCAGGUACGGCUCUCGUUACGGUUGCAACCAAGUGAAGACAACUUCGCGAAGACUGCGGACAACGAUGACAAUGUACCAGGCAAGCAGAGCAUUGGUUGUUGUUGGCUGUGGAAUGGCGAGGAGCUGCCGGAUCGUUGGAUCACGUACAUGAGCGAUACUCAAGACGAAGACGACGCCAUGAGGCUUUGGUUCAUCUCGGAAUCAGAUGUCGAACAAGACGACAAUCGAUGCCCCAACGAACCAGCUCCUGCCAACGUGUCUCCAGUGCUCGAUGGUGAAAGUGGGGAGGCCGUAUCUGAUUCCACGGAUCUGCGAAUUGUCAUUGCGGAGGAUCCUGCCGUAGCCGAGGAGGAUCCUGCAAAGGUCGCAGCUGCACAGAUUCAGCGUUGGUGGCGUGACUUUUCUCAGGAAACGGAAGCCACGAGAUGGGGAGACGAAGCAGACCAUGACAAUGUCAGCACAACAAUCCAGGUAUCGUCACAAGAUCAAAAAGAACUAAACGACAAACACAUUGACCCUGCGGAUUCAAAGUGCGCUGAGUUGGAUGAAUCUAUGGAUUUGGUGCAGGGCCUAGGGCGAGAUUUGGAGCCAGAGGUUGUCGCGAAGUGGUUCAUCCUCUCGGUGCUCAUGACGUGUUUCUCAGCCUUGGUGUAUGCGUUCCUCUGCAAGUUCAAAUGCAAAGUUGUUGACGGUGUCCUCAUGAUCCAUUCAAGUAGUAGCUAAGUCUCGAUGAAACAUAGCGAUUUCUCAGCUUUCGUUUAGCAAGCUGUGGUGCUCUACCGGUAUAGCCAUGGAUAGGCAGGUC